GUACGGUUUGUCGCUUGUUAACGUCACUCGACUCGUCGUUCCUCACUCCGAAAUAUGAACGCCGGCGAGAGAAGUCGCACUCUCGUGCCGUCGUCGUCGUCGUGUCGUCGUCGCUGCGUCAGCGCAAAGUGCACGAUCGUGUGAGGAAGAAGAAGAAGAGGACAAAGAGGAGCCGCGACAACAUUGCGCGGAGUGCGAAAGGUGCCGCGGAAAGAUAUCUGGAUCGCAGCGAUGUUAAAGAAAAGCAAUUGUGCAAUGUUGGUCCAUCAGGUGUCGGCCGUUUUACCGGACGACAGGCCAAUAACUGCCAUCAGUGUUGUUGAAGACAUAGAUAAGUGUCCGCCGAAUUUCACAGUGGUUUCGAGAACUUACGACCAAGACACCGACGCGGAUUUAUGGAGAGAGAGCGGAUUAUUUAUCAAGAAGAAGGGCAGAUAUAUCUGCUUCUCGAAGACUGAGGGCCAACCCGAUUGCGUGGUUGAGGAUAUCAUGGUGAUUAAUGAACGGGAUACUCCGCCAGAAGGAUACAACAUGAUUUCCUAUACCGUGGACUCAAGGCAGAAGGCAUGGCGGAAGAAACAAGUGUGCUAUAAAAUUAGAAAUAAGGAUUUGUGCACGAAGGCAGUUACGGAUAUUAUAAUAUGCAGUAGGAUAAUUCACAAGGAUUCCAAAAUAGCACCUAUCGGAUUUUCGGCCGCUGGUAUCAUAAAUGGUGUUCGUGUGUGCUGUAAGACAGUAGAUAUUACAAAUAUGAAUUCGGAUUCACAGUCAUACGUUAAUAUAGACUUACUACAAAGCACCUCCCCGAAUCCUUCGAAUGGAGCCCCUCAUAGACCAGCCCCGGAAAGACCUCCAAAACCAAAGUUCUCACCAAAACCAGUGAAUGGGAUUUAUCCGCACAUCGGUAACACAACUAACAAAAGUGGCGAUGAAUUCGAUCGAGAUUACGAAGUUCUGAAUCCUAGCGCGAGAAUCAAGCCCACGAGGCCGGCGCCCCAACCGCCCACGGACGUGUCGCCGAUCGCCGGAUCAACGUCCGUUUACGGCACGCUUCCCGGAUCGUCCGAUCUCGACGGAGUUCCAUUUACGCUUAAUCCUCAUCUUAUUCUCCAUUCUAACUCUCCCAAUAAGAAACUUCCUGUCAUCAGAGUGUGGACACAGAAGGACUUGGACAAAGAGUUUUUUUAUGACUUUCGCGCGGAGAGGGAGACUUGAAAGAUGACAGACAUGCCAAAAUUAGCUCCUUGUGAAUUAUUCGAGCGAUCCUUUCCUGCCGUAUUUGUACACGUUCAUACCUGCUGUUACAUUAGCCAACAAGCGUAAAUGGAGUGCCUGAACGAGUGAUUUAUACUAACUCGCGACAGAGAGAAUGAAACCCGUACGACGCUUAAAAUAGGGAUUGUAUACUAUUUAAGAAGAAAUAAGAUAAAAAUUCACUCGACACACGUUUCUUCUUUCACGCCCCACGUUUAGAUUUUUAUACCGGUGAUAGCGUUGUCAUAUUUUUAUAGAACCACGUUACUUUUUGAUAAGUAGUAGAGAUUAUAUAUGUAAAAUAUAUGUAUACACACAAUUGUAUCAUAAUUUAAGAUUUUUUGCGCACUUCAAUGUCGCAUGUCUACGCUUUUAAACUAUUGUUAUGAUGCGAACAAAUUACUAUAUUGAGAGUACUAUAGCGUUCUCACGCUACAUAUUUAGUGUUAGCCACUUGACUGGACUCCGAAUGGUGUUAAUCACACCACCCUUGCCAUCCAAAUAUUUAUUUAAAUGCGUAUUGAAAGUGGUGAAAGUGUGCGUCCUAAAGUUGUUUAAUUUACUGUUCUUUUUUUUUUAAACUCGAAUGUUUCUCAUGUAUAUAUCAAAAUGCAAUUUUUCUUUAUCUACAAUAAAAUAUACUAUUUUUUUGUUUAUAUACUUACAUUCACAUAUUGUUGUAAUUUUGUCUACAAGUAUUUAUAGUUGUAUAUACACAUUAAACAAAAACAUAAUCCUUUAACGUUGAUGAAAUGCGACAUUAGAUUUUAAUCUUCCACUCGAUUUAUCUCGCUGUUCUUAUUGUCGAUCAGAUUUGUACAUUAUAUGAGAUUCCUUUCAAUCGCAUAUGUGCACGCGAAUGUAACUAAAGAAAGAAACCUGUAUAUUAAAUAAUAAUUUAAUAAAAAACAACAUGGAUGCAGAGUUAUCAAA